CAAUAAAAAUGAAAAUAAAAUUAAAAUAAAUGCGUAAAGUGGAAAGCAAAUGGAAAAAUAAAAAUAAAAUGUUGCUGUGAUGUCAUGCGAUUUGCGCGCGCACGUCCAAGGACAACGCAAAGGAUACGUGGCGCGGCAACAAGGCAACGCAUAAACAAUUGAUUGUGAAUAGUCAUUCACCUGCAGUGCCAUCAUCGUUAUCCUUGAGUGCUUCAAACAUUAAACAUUAAAUGCUCAAUCAAACAGAAAUCAAAUCGCGUUCUUUAUUUUUGCGUGUUUUUACUUUUAUUGCAACGUGCAACUGCCGCACAAGACCCGCGAAUGUGAAAUGAAAAAAAACGACAAUUCCACGCCCGAUUAAGCGAUCCUUUCCACUUUCACUUUUAUGCGGCGUGUUUCGUGUGUCGGGCGCCAUUUGCGCUGAAGUGUAUUCGUGUGUAUAUGUAUGUACAUAGAUAUUAUUUACAUGCUGUUAUGUGAGUGCGACCAGCGCUGAAGGACUCUUUGGCGGUGAAAGUGUGGCAGUGGUUGAAUGCGCCAAUUGGCGCAGUCCUUGAAAAGCGGCCACGAAAGUGAAAAGGUUAAGUGUGUAUGCGUAUCUUCAACAACUUCAGCACAAUGCGGUCUCACAUGGUGGCAGCGGCAUGGCGACGAUACUACCAUUGCCUGCUGCUCCUACUACUACACACACAAGCGUUCCUCGUUCCCACCAACGCGCUACCGGCAUCCACCAAUACGCUUGCGGCACAAAGUGGUGGUGGCGCCGGCGGCGGCGGUGGCUCGAGCUCCAAUAGUAAUAGCAACAACAACAACAACAACAAUAACAGUGGUAGCAAUGUAGCAGGUGGCAAUAGUAAUGUAAAUAGUAAUAGUAACAACAAUAACAUUGCCAUUGGGAUACCCAAUGCAGGCAUAAAUAGCGGCAAUAACGCUGCAAACAAUGUCAACGUCAGUGGGAGCGGCAGCAGCAGUUCGGCCAACAGCGGCAGCAGCAGCAGCAGCAGCAGCAGUGGUAGUGAUAUUGAUUUGCUCAAUAUAGGUGGCACAAAUGCGGGAGGCAUUGGCGGUGUGGCCGGCAGCAACGCUAACAGCAGCAACAUUAUGGUAUUGCCAAGAGAGAAGUUGUACGAGAAGUGCACAGGGCCCGGCGAUCCAGGGCCUUGUAAGCAAUAUAUUUAUAAAUGGCGCUAUGAGCCGCUCUCCAACGAAUGCACCACCUUCAUUUGGGGUGGCUGUGAAGGCAAUCCGCAGAAUCGUUUCAACACAGAGGCCGAGUGUCUGUAUCAUUGCAUUGGUGGACCGCAUACGCUGCCACCUUUUUUGCGCUCGACUACCAGUGAGCCCAGCACGACUGAAUCAGCGAUACAAUUGCCCGCAAACACAGCGGGGCCGUUUUAUGGCGCUGAUGGCUCUGAUUCCAACCCUGUGCCAUUCGAGCAACGAGGCCCUGAGCUGACAUUUGCUGAAACGGGUCAAGAGAAAACAUUCGUCUUUGCCAAGAAUAACACAUUCAUCCAAAUGGACGGUGAUAUUAUACAAACAUUUCAAUUAAGACUUUGUCGUGAGAUCUCAUUUCAAUUUCGAACACGUCUACCGCAUGGUCUGCUCGUCUAUCACAACGUAAAAAAUCCGGAUCGUAUUAAUUUGGAUCCCUACGCAUUGUAUGUGAUUGUGGAGAAGGGUCAACUGAAAGUUGUGCAUGUUUUCGGAAAGCAUUCAACAAGUGUAACCGUAGGCGAAGGACUCAAUCGUGAUGAAUGGCAUAGUGUAAUGGUACGCAUCGAUGUCCAUGGCGCAAGAUUGAUUGCACGCGUUGACAACAGUCAAGAGGAAGUUUACUUGAAGGGCUUGAACCAUGACACCAACUAUGGAGUGUCAACGAAUCUGCCGUCGGUGGUGCUGGUCGGAGGUCUUUCAUCCGAGGAGAAACUGCAUGGCGUCAAGUAUAUCAUCGAAUCAUUUGUUGGUUGUAUUCGUAAUGUUGUUUUGAGUUCGGGCAAAGCGGCAUCCGAUUUGUUACCCAUUACACCGCUGGUGGCCACCAAACAUGAGAACGUCAACGAAGGUUGCGCCGACAAAUGCUAUUCCAGACACAAUUUGUGUUUUGUGGGAUCCCGUUGCAUUAAUCACUACUAUGACAUUUCAUGCGAUUGCUUUGGCAGCUACUAUGAGGGCGAGCAUUGCGAUAUUUACACUGCCACCAUAAUGACACUACGCGGCUCCAGCUAUGUCUCCUAUCGCAUCUAUGACUGGAAGGAUCGCGUACAUUCCUCCAAUACUCGCAUUAGUCUCAUGUUUCGCACACAAUUCGACGAUUCAGCACUCUUCUAUGCGAGCGGUGAAUCACUCAAGCAUCAGUACAUUGCUGCUUCGAUAAAAAAUCAAUCAAUUCAUGUGGAAAUGGAUUUUGGCGAUAACGUUAUGUCGACAGUGCUCACCGAUGAGUUGACGCGCAGUAAUUGGCAUAAUUUAACCAUUCACCAUGAACGACGCACCGUGCGCAUCAUACUUGAUCAGCAAAUGAAAAUAUUGGAAAUACCUGCUACGUCGAGCGGCAAUUUGCUAUUCGAUCCGGAAAUUUAUUUCGGUGGCGGUCCGGAUUUGCACAAAAAGAAGGGCUUACAUUCGCAGAAUAAUUUCGUUGGCAGUCUUAAAUAUGUCUACUAUAAUGAUGUGUCGAUUUUAUAUGAAUUGCAUAAAAGUAAUCCGAAGGUACACUAUCACGGUGUCCUCGAAGCCGAAUUUCAAGAGAACGAAGUCAACGUCAUACCCAUAACGUACCCUUUUGCGACAUCUCACAUUUGGUGGCCCAUAAAUCACGCCGAAGAAUUUAAUAUUAAAUUCGAUUUCCGGAGUAGUCGUACAGCAGCAGUGUUGGCAUACAGUGAUGUGACAACAGCAUCCGGAAAUGGAUAUUGGGAG